AGAGCGAGAAAGGGGACGAUGCGCCCCGCGGACUCCGCGAGCGACUCAGCCAAACGAGCGGCCCGUCGCGAUGUCCCACCGGUGGCGCCCCCGCGUCAACCCGCCCAGAAGCAGCCGAGGGGCGUCCGUCGCACGUUCGCGUCUCAGUUUGGCGGAUUGAUACGGAGCCGCUCGUCGUUAGGAUGCGUCCAGGGGCGCGUGCCGCCGCCGCGCAGCCCUCUCUGGGGCUGCUGUGUCUCGUGGUUCUCCUCCGCGGUGCCGGAGCCGCCGCUCCAUCGGAAGGCGGAGGAAAUAAGCAGGGUUCCCCGAGGAGCAUCCUUGAUCACGUACACAGUUAUGAGAUUACUUAUCCCACAUGGCUGCAUCCUCACAGACACAGGAGGUCCGACAGCAACGAGCAUCCUGCAGAGGCUCAGGUUCUGCUCUCAGCGGAGGGCCGGGAGCUCAAACUCCACCUGGAGAGAAACGAGCAGCUGUUGGCCCCUGGAUAUCAGGAGAUCUGGUACAGUCCCGAUGGAGCCCGCAGAUCCUCCUCUCCUGCCACCACUGGACACUGUUUCUACCAUGGGGAGGUUCAGGGCAUGAAAGGAUCAAGCGUUGCUGUUAGCACAUGCUCAGGAAUCAGAGGACUGAUUUCUCUGAACACAAGCGUCAGCUACCUGAUUGAGCCUCUUCCCGUUUCCACGGGUGCACAGCAGCACGCUGUGUUCAGAGCCGAGAGUCUCCAUCUACCCGGGGGUAGCUGCCCGCAUCACCGUGGCAACGAGGAGCGCGAGGAGGGGCUUAACGACUUCAUCCAUGGAAUGAUGUCUCCUCGGAGCGCCAGGGAAAAAAGGGACGUGAGCCAGAAUAUGAAGUACGUGGAGCUGCUGAUAGUUGCAGACAAGGCUGCGUUUGAGAAGCAUGGGAGUAGUCUCCAGAAGACCAAACUGAAACUACUGGAGGCAGCCAACUUGGUUGACAAGUACUACAAGGCGUUGAGCAUCCGCGUGGCGUUGAUCGGCCUGGAGGUUUGGACCAGCCAGGACAUGAUCAGCGUUUCCGACAACCCUCACAGCACUCUGGCAGCGUUCCUGUCCUGGAGAGGAAAGCAGCUCCGUACGCUCCCCAACGACAACGCUCAACUCGUCACGGGGAGGGACUUCCAAGGGACCAUCAUCGGGCUGGCCCCUCUCAAAGCCAUGUGCUCCGACUACCAGUCCGGUGGAGUGAACGCGGACCACUCUGAGUUAGCUGUGGGUGUGGCUGCCACCAUGGCACACGAGAUGGGCCACAAUUUCGGCAUGAGCCACGACAGUACAGGCUGCUGCCAGGCGAAGGCCGAAGACGGAGGUUGCAUCAUGGCUGCUGCUACUGGGCAUCCAUUUCCUCGUGUUUUCAACGGUUGCAACCUGAAGGAGCUUAAGAGCUACCUGAACUCUGGGGGAGGGAAGUGUCUCUUCAACCUGCCGAACACCAGAUCCAUGUAUGGGGGGCAGCGCUGCGGCAACGGUUACCUGGAGGAUGGAGAAGAAUGUGACUGUGGAGAAGAAGAGGAGUGCACGAGUCUCUGCUGUAACGCCAACAACUGCACUCUGAAAGCCGGAGCCGAGUGUGCCCAUGGCGUCUGCUGUCAUGACUGCAAGUUGAAAAGCCCAGGUGUUCUUUGCCGUGCGCCCUCCGGCUCCUGUGAUCUGCCAGAAUACUGUGAUGGGAAAGCGGAGUCUUGUCCUGCUAAUUUCUAUUUGGUGGACGGUACGUCGUGUGCAGCUGGGCGGGCCUACUGUUACACCGGCAUGUGUCUGACCCUGGAGCAGCAGUGUCGCUCCCUCUGGGGACAAGAUGGCCGCUCGGCCCCUGACCUGUGUUUUAAGAAGGUAAACGAAGCCGGAGACAUGUACGGGAACUGUGGCAAAGAUCUGUUUGGGAAGUACAGGAGCUGCAAGGAAAGGGAUGCCCCAUGUGGGAAAAUCCAGUGUUUAUCCUCGGUCUCCAAGCCCAUUGCGAACAGCGCUGUGCGCAUAGAAACCACCGUCACCGCGGGCAACAAGAAGAUCCAGUGCUUGGGAACACACGUGUACAUGCCUGGGCAGGGGGAGGAGAAGGGGCAGGGGGACACUCUGGACCCAGGCCUGGUCAUGACGGGCACCAAGUGUGCCGUGGACUCGCUUUGCUUCAACGGGGAAUGCCGCAAUGCAUCUUUCCUCAGAGCUGAUGAGUGCAAUAGCAAGUGCAAUGGGCACGGGCUGUGCAACAACAACCACAACUGCCACUGUGACGCAGGCUGGGCUCCCCCUCUGUGUGUCCAGAAGGGUUCUGGUGGGAGUGUAGACAGUGGACCUGUCGUCAUCCACAGCAAUCUCCUUCCAGUCCUGGUGGUCCUUCCCCUGGUUCUCUUUGUGAUUUUGUCUGCCGUUGCACUGUGGUGCUGCUACAGACAUAAACUCCACCCUGGGAAGACCUCUGCUCCACCUCCAAUGCCAAGUUCUUCAGUCUCGGCCAACAGCCAUGUGAGCGGUCAUGCAAACCCAAUAUUCUUGCUGAAGAAACAACACUCAGACGACCUGGGGAAACCAUCUCCACGUCCGAGUCCGUCUUGCUCAACUCGUCUUGCUAUUGUGCCUCCGGCGGUGAAGCCUCCUGCCGUACCUGCGUAUGCUGCGGAGCAGAAAGGCCAAACAGCCCGGGCCCAGAUUCAGCCUGGAGUUGGACAAAACUCUCCUGCGAGUUACACUCCACCUUCGGUUAAUUCGGCAAAGCUCACCAAGCUGAGACCAAACCCGCCCCCUCCACCGCCUACAGGACGCCCGCCUGUACCGUCCCAGUCGGUAGCAUCCAAGCUCCGACCGGACCCCCCGACCAGACCCCCACCGCCGUGUCCUUUAAACAAACCAUCAGGAGAACAGCAACGAAUGAAAGGCCUGCAGGUUACCACCAACGCCCUGCAAAGAGGCAAAGCUGCUUUAGCGCCAUCUGCUGGACAGAAAAAAUCAAAUGGGUAAUUUAUCUGGUGGCAUUUUGCAACGUCAAGAUGUACAAACUCCUUGUUAACUCGUUUUAAACAAACUUUUUUAUUAAAAAAAAAAACGGAAACUGUAGUCUAUGAUGUAAACCUGACUCUGGGGUUUACUUUACACUCAUGUAUUGUAGAAGGAUUCUGAUUUUGAAUCAGCAAGUCAGAAUGCAUAUCACAAAAAGUACAUUUUAAGUCUUAAAUCUUUUCAGAUUUAUACUUUGUUAGCUCUGUCAGCUUUCAGAACUUGAAACAGAAACCCUAUGAACUAUUUCCCCUAAAUUCAAUGGAAAUGUGAAGUUGUUCCACGGGUUGCGCAGUGUUGAAAAACUGCUCUGGGAGUAUUUAUUUGCAAAGGAAAGUUCCUGUUUACAAUGUUGCUUGUGUACCAGACAUGGCGUGUCUUUAAGAGCAUCAGCUGUGGAGUGAUAUCUUAUAUUAAGAAAAGAUGUCACUCUUGAAGUGCUUGCGCUUCUUAUGUGUGAAUGAGAAUGGGAUUUUAACUGGACCAAAUGGGACCAGUAAAAGCCCUACAUGCAUGCUGGCAUACGCUUAUGACGAGAGAUGUACUGUACACCUGAUAUGUAGCAGGUCAUUUUGGGGUUGUGUCUGUUUGUUUUGAUUUGGGGUUUUUAUACUGUUGUGGUCUUGCACUUUGAGCAAUCAUUUUAGUGUGAAAUACUGCAGAAGGCGAGUAUUUGAUGAAGAUUGUGUGUGACGCAUCACUUUCCCGCACUGUUUUUUACUUUGGCCAUUUACUAUUAGUCAUGAAUUCCUCUUUGUUCAUGCCAACCAUUCAAAUAUACUCACAUUGGUGCAAAAAUGCAUUGCAUUGCAUUGGUGCAAUAAAUAUGAGCCAUGGUUUUAACUACAGGUGUCAGUUAAACAUCAAAAUGUCAGUAUACAAUUAUUGUAAUGAUUAUGUUCAUAACCCUAUGUUACUAAAAAAUGUUCCGGGGGAAUUUCCUUGUGACCAAAAUGCUAUGAAGUAACUCCUCUCUCUUAGAAUAGAAUAUUCUAUAUGCCAUGCUGUGUUACAGUGAUAUCUUUGUAAAUACUUGUUUUAUUUUAUAUUUUGCUCUGUCAGCUGCCAUGUGUUACUUUAUCAGAUCUAUGCAAACGCUGGCACUGUGUAACAUUGUGUCUUCAACUUGGAUUAAAACACACAGGGAAAUAAUAAAGUAUACAUUUUAAAUGAUUGUGGUUUGUCAAUACUUGUAAUCUUGUUUUAAUCUGGAUUAUUACUUUUUUUUUGUAGAUUAAUGAAUGAAUAUUGUUAUUGUUUCACCUUUUAAUCCAGCUCAAUAAAUCCUGAAUUGCUGAAUAUUA